AUGUUUGCACGAUUCAAAACGGCCAGCAGCGGGCUUUUUGAGCGCACCUUUGUCCAGUCGCAGCGUACCAUAAUUAUGGGCCGUCUUCGUCCAUUUGCUCAGAAGAAAAAGCCCACCGUUCCGAGAGAGGAGCGCGCAAAGAAGUCCAAAAGAAUUGUCCAAUUGGUAAAGGAAGCGAUCGAGAACGACGAGCCACAUUUCACUGUGGGUGCGAAGAAAUUGUACUUCCCAUCCGCAAGGGUCACCUUAUUACGUCCCAAUGCGAAACAGACUCCAUAUCAAGCCAAAUUUCUGGUGCCCAAGUCUUUCAACAAACUGGACCUAAGAGACUACUUGUACCAUCUGUACGGCCUACGAGUUCUGAACGUGACGGUUGCCCUGACGCCCGCAACAUGGGAGUAUCCUAUCGGUCCAGGGUUCAGUUCUAGACACAGAGUCGCGCAAAAAAAGAAAAUGACUGUGGAUCUGAUCGAUCCAUUUGUGUGGCCGGAGGAGACAGAAUUUUUCAAGAACCAGGCAGAAUUCAUUGAGCAGAGAGACGCAUACAGAGACGAUAAGCUUGAAGCGAUCGGCUCGGACAAGCUGAAGCCUUCCAAGGCAUUCGAAGGAAUCAUAGACAGACAUCCGCAACCGAAGAACUUUGUUCCAAAAACAGUCGAGAGACAGAUGAGAAAUCUCAAAGACAAGGCCACGCUCCAGGAGAAGCAGCUCAGAACAGAAGAAUUCAUUUCCCAACAUAUCCAGCUAUAA